AUGCGCACCAGCUUCAAUGCAGACUCGGCCAGAGUGCAAGUGCCAGUUUCACCCACUGCCGACAACGGCCUUGAGGUACGCCCAUGUGACACGGGCCUGGACCUGGAUGCUCUACUUCGUGAAGAAGAGGAACAGCGCAUUUUGCGCAUGCACCAGAGUUUAGUUGCCAACCUCCUCAACAAGCCAUAUGGUGAGGCCUUGCUUGACAUUGUCCGUCGACGGGACUGGGCCGCCCUGGUUGACCAACGCAGUGCAUGCCAGGACCUUGCCAAUCAAUGUUGUGUAUGUGAUUUUCACUUCACACGGCCGCAGGAACUGCACAGUCAUAUGCGUGUGCAUCACCCAAAGUGGAUUCCACAUACUUUCACCAAAGGCUCCCAGUUGUGCAAGGGCUUUGCAAGCAACUCACCAUGCCGGUAUUGCAACAAGAGUUUCAAACAGGCGCACUCCUGUCCAAUUCUCACUCAGCUGGGCAUGCUGCUGAUACACCUGCCAUCUGAGACAGACCAGCAGGAGGACCCACCAUCGGCGGCCUUGCGAUGCGAAAUAUGUGGACUUCAAGCUGCCACCUUAGAUGAAAUUCACAGUCACCUUGCCAACACGCAUCGGCUUGCCUUUCAUGACUGGCAGCCGGAACGGGAUUUGAUGGGCAGGGACCCGGCCUGCAAUCACUGUGCCACGCCGUUUGCCAGUGUCUCUGCAGUCAGGCAACAUGUGACGUUGGGACAAUGCCGAGAGUUUGACCCUCAUCGAUCACCAUCCCUGUUGCCCAUCUCACCCGAGAUACAGCUGAUGAUGCAAACUGGUGAUUUUCAUCCUUUGUUGCAAGACCCCAUGAAGCGUAUGCGCAUGACGUUGCACUGUGCUCAAUGUGGAGUUACAUACUCGAGGUCGAACGACUUGAUGCUCCAUCUGCAGACGGCACACUCGGCCAUGUGGAAUCAGGCACAAGCCAUGACGAGGUUUCUUGUCAAAGUCCUGGCCCCAAUACAUGCCUGUGUAUGCAAUCCCAGUGUCAACAAGUUCACAUUGACUCAUGUGUGUCCCUUCUACCGUCAGAUGGCCAUGCUGUGGACGCGAUCCUCCACCGAGCUACUCCUGCCGUGGAUCUCAGACAAAGGCAGUUUGACCACCUUGAUGCAACGAUGCCAUUUGCAUGCGGCCUGUCAACCGGUGAUUGAAGCCAUCCAUGCAAGACAGUUGAUGCGUCUUUUGCAAGAGUCGGAGAUGACCGAGUUCCUGCGAUCACAUUGUGUCCUGUGUGGAGGUGCCUUCCAUCCUGCACUCCUUCGAGAUCAUUUGAUCCAGGUUCAUGCCUCAAGUCUGACCAGAUUGUAUGACAUUCUGCCUUUUCUGUACGACACUUACAUGAAGGUAGCCCACACUGACUAUCAAUGUGCACAGUGCAAUCAAAUCUUCAACCUGCCGUUGCUUGGUGAUCCGACGCUGGCUGAACAGCACUCGAGACAGACUCUAGUCUUGGCUCACUUUCAGCAGUGCAAGGAGACGCAGGAACUCAUGGCGACGUUCAGCGCCAUGGCACCGCUUCUGGUUCAGCACAACCAAAAGCAAAAAGAAGACGAAAGGGGUCACAAGAAGGCCAAGACCCAACAUCGACCCCAACUGGAGGAGCCGGCACAGGCGCUGCCUCAAGUGGUGAUGCAGAUGGCCAAGCUUCUCAUCAGACUGGAUGCGGACCAGAAUCUACUGAGAAAGCAAGACUCCUUCGUCUUUUACAUGCAAAUGGAGCCGGAGUCGGUGAUUCAUGUCCUGACAGCUCGAGCCAAGGCCUGGCACCACGAGAUGUCACAGGAGACUCCAAUGAAGACACAAGAAUGGAAGCCACUGAGGGUCACCCUGAUGCAUCACUUGGCAAUGACGUUGCAGCAGCGCUUACAGAAGCUGUAUGCGUGCCAGCCGACGGAUGCCCUGUUUCAGAAGGCCAUGGAGCACCACCUGCUGAAUGCCAAGGGGGAGUUCUUUUUCCAGCGUUGGGACCCGACCAGUCGACAGCUGACGCAAACAGAUCAAGCGCCAAUCCCCAUGGACAGGAUGCGACGCUACAUGGACCAGCUGGUGGAGACCACACAGGAGGCUGGCAACAUCCUGAAGUUCCACUCGCUGAAGGCGUCGGGGGAGCAGGCGGUGACGCCCUGGCUACUCCAAAUAUCCCUCAGGUGCGACGAUCUCCAAGUCUUGCUGGAGACCCUGUCGGGGAACAAAGUAUGGAGGCUCCUCCGUGCUGCUAUGAGCAACAUGGUCUUGCACAACGAUCGCAAUGACUGUUUCAUCAAUGCAGCGGUGACAGCCACCCUUUGGACGUUUCUGAGCCGAUCUGACUUUGAGCCAUCUUUUCUGGGGCCACAGGCCACCCUGAUUGCUGAGAGUGUGCUAGGUGACCCUGUGGAGUUCAUUUCACAUGUGUUGCGGGGACUGAGAUUUGAGGGCUUUGACAUGACGUGGGAGCGUCGAGUCCAGAUCAAUGAUACUGUGCGAGUCAUGGAUCAAAGUGCUGCUGACAGGCCGUUGACAGUGCAAUUUGAUUUGAUGGACAUUGGGACUUCUACCUUGGAUUACACAUCAUUACAAACGAUGUUGAACUCCUGGUCGUCUCAGUAUGGUAUGCAUACUGCUCUGAAAGCCCGCACUCCUCUGCUGUGCAUCCAUGUUGAUCGAUACAUCAACCAAGGUUCUGAAGCAGCUGUGAAAAGUGAGCGCCCUAUUCAUUUUUGGGGUGCGAUCGAUGUCCCAUUCUUUGCAGAUGAUGAGCUCCAUAUCGAAACUGCCGAAUAUCAAAUCCUGGCUGCUGUGUCUCACUCAGGUUUGGACUCAGCUGGACACUGCCGCGCCCUGCUGACCACAUGGCCCACGGAGCAGCCACCAAUCAGCUUUCUGCUGAUUGACGAUGAUCAGCCCCCCCGAAGACUCAGAGCUGAGCCAGAAUGGUUCAAGCGCGAUGUGAUGUGCCUCUGGUUUUGCCAUAGUGACUACCUGGAUCUGUUCCAUAUGACUGACCCGCUGCAGCCAGAUCCAAUCGAAGGCUCAUCCACCUCUGAUUCAGAAGAUGCGACAGGUAAAAAAAAAAAGGUGAAGCUGGUCCAAGAGGCAAAGGCCCAACGUGUCACGAAGGCAGGCAAGGCCGCUCCAGAUCAGGAAGAAGCCGCCGGCAAAGACACCUACUCCGCCAAAAAGGUGGCCCCUGCGGCGCCUGCGGCUCCAGCUCCGGAAACGGCCAAGGCGCCUGAGAUCUCUGCUGAACAGCAGCAGAAGAUAGAUGCAACCAGAGAGUCUGGAGACAUAAAGUUUGAAUUUGAAGUCAAAUGCGUUUCAGCUCGAGGAUUGAGAGAUGCAGACUGGUUAGAAGGAACUUCUGAUCCAUAUUGCCUCUGCGAAGCAGUGGGCAAGGUGAAGUCAAAGUUCAAGACGAAGACAGUGAGCAACAAAGAGAACCCAGUGGGGCUCUCAAUGAAUCAAACUCGUGGAGAGAAACAAGGGAGCUGUGGAGAUGCUUCCUCCUGCUCUAUGGUGCCCUUGGAGAAGACAGUUGUCCUGCAGGUGAUGAAGGCCAGCCGCAUUAGCCGCAUUAGCCGCAUUAGCCGCCUCCUGAUCUCCCUUGCUGCUUUGCUCUGGCUUCUGGUCCAUCCAGAUCAUCCAUCUGCCCCUUCCCGUAUCCGUGUUUCUGUUCAGCAAUCAGCUGUGUCUUUGAGGCUUACAAAGGCACUGGAUAGAUUGUCCCUGGCCAUUGAAGGUCGGCAGAAGGACGGGGCAGAGGAGUGGGAGGAGGUCACCAGCUGGGCAGUGGGCCAGUUUGGUCCUACGAGGUGUGCCCUUUCCUCCACAGCAUUCAUGGAACUAGCAGAUGGUUCAAUGGUGGAGUCAGAGGAGUACCAGCAUGUGAUCCUUCAGUUCCCUCCUGGAGAGCAGGAUCUUCAGCAUCAGUUGCAAGGCUAUGUGCUUAUGAGGCGCCCGGGCGGCAUUUUGCUUGCAAUCCCCGGUGGGAUCAUCGAGGAAGAGGCGUUAGUGGGCCAAUUGGUGGUGUCAGAAGAGCUUGGAAAGGCUUGGCUGAACGAGGAGAUCGGCGAUCGAGUAGCUUUCUACUCAGCAGAAGAGGGCACUCCACAGUCUGCCCCGCCUCAAGGGGCAAAAGCCAAGGCAGCUGCGCCUGGUGGCACUACAGGUCCGGGAAGAGUUCCUGGAAUCCAGGAUGCCAUGGAGAAGAAGGUGGGGAUUGGCAGGCCCGAGCCUGUUGGGUUCCAGAUGCCUUCUGCUGGACGAGCUGCGGUGCCAGUUUCUUCCUUGCUCAGCUCUGCCGGCCCGAAACCUUCAGUGUCAAACCUGGGGGCUCUAGUGGGCCCUCCGCAGGCACCAUGUAUGAAGCCGCCAGCAGUGGAGCCAGACAAGGAGGAGGAGGCCGACAAGGAGGCGCUGUCUUCUCCAGUGACAAGAGUCCCAUUGGAGCAGAGUCGGGCUUUGUCAAGGCUGGUGGCCCAUUUCCAUGCAGUGGGAAGCGAUCCUAUGUCCGACCUUUCCUCGGCCCGCGAAAAGCUGCAGCGCGAACUUGCGCAGGGGUCUGGCCAAUUCUUCCUGCAGAGGCGAAUGUCUCCCACUUCCAGGCCAGCAACGUCUCCUUCCGAGAUUGGGGGUAUCUCACUUCUAGCCUACCUUGAGCGCUACGGGGGGCCACGGGCAAAACAGAGAGCUUGGCAUGAUACAAUGGUCGCUAGGUCACGUCUUCGAUGCUAUGGCCAAGGAAGAAUGGGCCUUGCCAAAGACCAUUUGGCCUUGACCACUGUGAUGGUGGAGCAAGCAUCCCUGGACAACAACAAGUGGAGUUUGGCCUGGCUUCUUCGCCUCCUAGACGAUGCUCCUCAGAAUCUUUGGAUUUCGAGGGGCCAAACAGCUGCGGGCUGCAGGCGUCCAUUUGCUCCUCUUUGUGCUCAGACAUGGACGACCACAGCCGUGGCGUAUCUCACAGAGGCGGACCUGCUGACGUCAAAGAAGAGCGAAGUACUGUCCGGGGGCAAAGGCGCAACCAGCUCAGACAGCCCUGCGCCAAAACCAAACCCAAAGCGAAAGCCGGGGAGAGGAAAGGGAAACCCUCCGCAGCAGUCUGGCCUAGCGGAGGAGACAGGAUGUCAGGCAGCAAUGCCGGGCCAUCUGGAAGAUGAAUUCAUCAAGAAGGAGCUUGACACAGUUCCAAGUGGGAGCAAGAUUUCCACUUUCAGCUUUUCCUUCUUUACUUGGUGCAUGGCGAUCACUAGGGAGCCCGAACAAUCCAAAGAGAAGAAAGGACAAGGAAGGCGUGUUACUCGUGCUCUUCAUGUGGUGAUUGGCGCCGUGAAUUACAUGUACUAUGCAAGGUCUUGUCCGCCUUUGGAGUUGAUUCGGAGGCAGCCCAAUCAGCGUCAGAGUGAGGCUAUCCAACGAUUGCGGCUGUUUGUCAAAGCGUGCGACCAUGGACAGUUGAUCGAAGUGGCUGCCAGUGGUGGAAAGAAUUUGCAGCUGAUGGCCCGUCUACAAGAACUGGCAUCGGCCGCAGAAGCCCUAGGGAUUUCUCAAAGUCCCUAUGUCGAGGAGCCUCAGUUCAUUGAGAUUGAUCGCCCUAUUUUCAACCGGGGCAUUCCCAACUUUGAGGUGGAUAGCCCUGAUGCGGUUUUUGAGCUCUUCAAGAAGUGGGAUGGUCUGGGCCUUCUUGCACUGCACCCUGUGGAGCAGUCGAAGAGAAGGCGGGUUGUGGAUCGCACAGUGCAUGGUGAUCAGCUGCUUGGUCACAGACAGGAGUGCAAAGAGGGCUCCAAGCGUAGUUUGGCCUAUCAGCAUUUCUGCAUUGCAAAGAAGAAGUAUGCCCAAGCAGGUCUCACUGGCUCAGACCCAAAAGAUAUUGUGGAUGAGGUUGUUCUAUUCAAGGUUGUGCCGGCGAGCGAAGUGAACGUCGAACAGCCCAUCCUGCGUCCAUUGAAGAGGACUGUUGCAGAGGAGUUGAUUUUGUCAGCAGUGCUUUUGCCAGUUUUGGUUAGUGAUGCAAAGCUGCCUUUUCAUCCCUGGAUUUUUGCCACGGAUGCAUCAAACCACAAAGGUGCAGUGUGCAGAUCUCAUCAGCGACCCUCAGUCGUUGAGCCCCUGUGGCAGUCUGGUGAUUUCAAAGGUGCCAGUGCGGCGCUGGAGACAUGGGAGCAUCAACUUCUUCAUGAGUGUUUGGGAGAGAGAGGUGAAGGUAUUUGCGAUGGUGAAGCUAGGGCAGAAGUUUUAGAACACGAUGGUCAAGGAGGUCAGGUACAAAAGCCGCUGGCUCAAUACUUUGACUUCAUUGAGGUUUGUGGCGGCAGUGGAGUUUUGUCAGAAGCAAUGCACGAGCUUGGUUACGUUGUUGGGCCUAUAGUGGACUUGACUUAUUCCACCCAGUAUGACCUGGUCAAGUGGGAGGUUGUUGAAUGGCUCGUGGAUGGUCCAGAACCAUCGUGUUGCUGCGAUUGCUCUCGUGCCACCCUGCACCACUUUCUCUCCAGUUGUGAAGCGUUCUGUUUGGGAGGUUUGCUCAGCAUGGAAGUGGUUUGGACCAAGAAGGAGUUUUUAGAGCUGCUGAUUUGCCAAGGGCCAAAAGAUGGGCCAGCAAUUGGAUUUGUCUCUUCCUUGGACUUUCCUUCAGAAAUGGCUUUGGACUUGGAGCCAUAUCCCUUCCGGUCAGCCGAGCCCUUUCCUCCAGACGUCUUCUCCCACGUUUCAACCGACCGCACCGGCUACGACCCCACAAGUGGAUUUGAUUGCCCAGGCCCAGCUUGUUGUGAGAGGUUGGAGCAGGAAAUGGAUGAGUUGAAAACCCUCCUGAAGCUUGGGGAAGAACGCAUGAAUUUCCUCAAGGAGUUGCAAGGAGCUGCCAGCGAUGGGAAGGGCCUUCCCUUGACAGCGGCUCAAGUGCAGGCUCUCACCGAACGGCUUCCUUUACUUUCGGAGGUUGCAAGCCAAGGGGAACGAGAACCGAUAGCAGCAGCAGAAGACUUCUUGGUGACCAAAGCAGCACUUCCUUUGAUUGAACCAGUGGUUCAUGUGGAGUGGUUGGUCCUUCGCAAUCCACGACCCUCAACCUCCUCCUCCAGUGCCUCAUCUACGUCACAGUCCCAGACGCCAACAUGCAUCCUGGCAGCCGCACAAGCAGAUGGGAAGAUUCACUUGUUCAGCCCCAGCGGGGAGUUGGUUUUUAGCUUCAACACAGGCCAUGAACAGCCGAUUACUCACAUGGCCACUUCCCCCACCCAUGAGGAGCACCUCAUUGCCACUGGGGAUUCGGGUGGUGCCAUCCGCUUGCACCGGGUCUCGGUGCGGCAGCGGCGAGUCUCAAAGGAGGAGAAGGCCGCCCGCUCCAACUCGAGUGAUAAAAUCUCGCAGUACCUGGGGCCUCAGUUGAAUGUCACAGUCCAAAUGCACAAACAGUUUCAACUUCCAGCCAGAGAUGAUCUCCCUACUUUGACUGCCCUGGCAAUUGCGAACCACAAGAGCAGUCGAGAGAUUGUUGCUGGAGAUUCGACGGGUCGCAUUAGCGUCUUUGCCAAAAACGGCACUUUGAAGGGCCAUGUUGAUGCAACAGCCAUGGAAGGGCCUGGCGUGGAAGGAUUACAUUCCUAUCACAGUCAGGUGCUCUUCAGAGCUGGGAUGGAGUGGGGCUACGUGAGCCUGGACAAGGUCGGUGGAGUGGAUGUCAAGCACAUCGACUGUCCCAAUUUCGAGGGAAGAGUCGCGGACAUGGCAGUAGACACCCAGCAACUGUCCAAAGUCAUGCUUUCGGAUGAACGUGGCGCCGUUUGGGUGUUCAACGUCAAGAACCGAAAGGAUUGCGAGUUAGAGAAGAAAUUCCCGUAUGCUGCGGAGAUGAAGGCCCCUGUUGAACUGGCAGCCAUCCGAGGGUUUGUGCUUGGCUUGCAAAAGCAUCCUUCAGACCCAGCUGACUCCUUCUCUUCUAUUUUGGCACUCAACAUGAGCCAGCAUGUCGGACGGCGGCGUCCCGGAGAGACAGGUGCUGGUGGUCAUGUGAUAUGGCGACGUCAGCGAACGGCCGUUCGAGACUGGGCUGUACAAAGGAAGCAGCACGGAGACUUGAUCGCUUUGCUAUCGGCAGAUGGGAAAGAAGUUGAGAUCUUGGAAGUCCUGAUGCAGGUGUACACACCACCACCUGCUAGCGAUCCAUUCUCCAACUUCAAGCUUCCAGUCAUGGCUUGUGCAGUUCUUCUGCUUCUAGGCUACCAGUUCAUGAAGCAAAAGAAAGGAGGAUCAGCUGGCCUUGGCGGUAUGGGAAACAGAGGGAAGUUUGGCAAAAGUGAUUUUGCCAGCUUGCUUAAUAAGAAAAAAAUGGGCGGCAUGGGCGGCAUGGGCGGCCUCGGUGGCCUCAAAGGCAAGAGGUAAAAGGGCCACCGCGUUCCAGCAGGGAGAGGCAGGACCUCCUAUGCAAUCUUAUGCGCAUGUAAAUGCAAAAACUUAGCCCCAGAAUGCCAGCAGCUUGUCUGGGGCCUAGCAGGUCAAUCCACUGAAGACUCAGGAGCUGUGGCACAUUGUUUUCAUCCUUUGCCCUAGACGCAUUCAUUGCUUGUUCGAAUUCUUCCAUGGGUGGGGUGCCCUGCGUGAUAUUUGAGCGAUGCUGGGUGGGGGUGUUAACUGCCCAAGGCCUUCAAAAUGCAUCGUUGGAUUGGCCACGAUCGGGCCAAUGUGCCUGCAUGCAACUGCCCUGGUCGCAUGUUUGCAGUACAAUUCGGGCUGUUCAUCAGCUGGUCCUCUGUCGGCUGGGAAUGGCACCAGCAAAGCUAAAGUCAAACAGCCGAAAAAAA